UUAGCCUCGCGGUUUGACAGCGACAGGACAGCCACCAAUAGCGGGUGGCGUGGAAUCAGCUACACCGAUUUAACUAAUCCGUCGGACGCCCAAAGGUGCGGUGGAUCCCCGGCAGUAGGUGCGCUACAGAGAAACCUGGGAAGGACGAACGACCUCGGCCAAACGAGUGGAUUGUAGCGUGCAGCUGUAGGGCUGCUCCCCCACAAUGAUCAUAACACUGCGGGCUCUCUUCGAACAAGGGAGGACAUUUUUGGAUGCACAGAAAACAGUAAUCGAAGAUUUCGCCAUGAACAAAAACAAGAGAGAAAGAGAGUUCUACAGCCUUGAUGUUGGGGAUUCGACUUUCACAGUACUGAAGCGAUACCAGAAUCUAAGACCCAUCGGCUCAGGAGCACAGGGAAUUGUCUGCUCUGCUUACGACCAAAUCCUAGACCGAAAUGUUGCCAUCAAGAAGCUGAGUCGGCCGUUUCAAAAUCAAACCCAUGCCAAGAGGGCGUACAGAGAGCUAGUCCUAAUGAAAUGCGUCAAUCACAAAAAUAUCAUUGGCCUUCUAAAUGUAUUUACACCACAAAAAUCAUUAGAAGAGUUCCAAGAUGUAUACUUGGUGAUGGAGCUGAUGGAUGCCAACUUGUGCCAGGUCAUUCAGAUGGAGCUGGACCAUGAGAGACUGUCCUAUCUCCUCUAUCAGACGUUGUGUGGUAUCAAACACCUCCAUGCUGCAGGCAUAAUUCACAGGGACCUCAAGCCCAGUAACAUAGUUGUCAAGUCAGAUUGUACACUGAAGAUUUUGGACUUUGGCUUGGCUCGGACGGCUGCCACAGGCCUCCUGAUGACACCGUAUGUUGUUACACGCUACUACAGAGCACCAGAGGUUAUCCUGGGCAUGGGCUACCAAGCCAAUGUGGACAUAUGGUCUGUGGGCUGCAUACUGGCGGAAAUGGUUCGCCAUAAAAUCCUCUUCCCAGGAAGGGACUACAUCGACCAGUGGAACAAGGUAAUUGAGCAGCUAGGCACUCCAUCUCAGGAUUUUCUCAUGAAGCUAAACCAGUCAGUAAGAACAUACGUAGAGAACAGGCCACGCUAUGCUGGAUACAGCUUUGAGAAACUCUUCCCAGAUGUGCUCUUCCCUGCCGACUCUGACCACAAUAAACUGAAAGCAAGCCAAGCAAGAGAUCUCUUGUCCAAGAUGUUAGUGAUUGAUGCCUCCAAGCGCAUUUCUGUAGAUGAGGCCCUGCAACACCCCUAUAUUAAUGUUUGGUACGACCCAGCUGAAGUGGAAGCGCCACCUCCAAAGAUCUUAGAGAAACAGCUGGAUGAGAGGGAGCAUACCGUGGAAGAGUGGAAAGUGCUUAUUUAUAAGGAAGUGAGUGAAUGGGAGGAGUGGACAAGAAAUGGUGUGAUAAGAGGCCAGCCACCUCCUUUAGCACAGGUGCAGCAGUGAUUGAAAGCCCCCCUCAGCCCAGGUCCUCCUCCUCUUCGGCCAACGAUGUCUCGUCCAUGUCCACAGAGCCCACUGACCCCAGCAGUGACCCCACCAUGACCUCUGAAACAGACAGCAGCUUGGACAGCCACACCUCUCUGGGUGCACUGGCCUGCUGCAGAUAACGCACAUAUACACACACACACACACACACACACACACACACACACACACACACACACACACACACA